AAGUAUUUAUUUAGUUCCUACUAAGUGCUGCCCUUAAACGGUUGUGAAAUGAAAUUAAAUAUAUUUCUCAUUUGUGGCAUUUUUACUUUAUUUUUAACUCAAACAAAUGGAGCAAAAAUAUUAUCAAUAUUUGGCUAUCCAGGACCCUCACAAUAUAUAAUGGCUUCGGCUUUAUUAAAGGGUUUAGCUGAACGAGGCCAUGAGGUUACCUCCAUAUCAACUUUUCCCCAAAAAACGCCAGUGAAAAAUUUUAGAGAUAUAGCAGUAAUGGAAAAUUCUAAACUCUAUGAGGCUACAAUGACAGAAGCGGUUGGUGGUGAGGAGAAAAAGAAAAGUUUUUUCGAAGAGUUAUUUGAAUUCACUGAUUUUGGCGUACAAAUGGUAACGAAUGUGCUGGAACAUCCAAAAGUAAAGGAUAUUAUGAAAAAUGAAAAAUUCGAUUUAAUAAUUGUAGAGGCUUUAUUAUGUGAUGCUCUAUAUGGUUUGGGACAACAUUUCAAUGCUCCCGUGGUGGGUGUAUCCACUUUUGGUACCAUCAAUUUUGUUGAUGUUUUAGUGAAUAAUAUAUCGCCCAUGUCGUAUAUACCUCAUAUAUCGCUGCCUUAUGAUAAUCGCAUGAAUCUUCAAGAAAGACUGGUCAAUGUUGUCUCCACUGUUUUUGAUGACUUUUUGUAUAAUUUCCUAAUGUUGCCGCCACAGGAAAAACUUUUUCAUAAAUAUUUUCCCUCCUCUCAAAUGACAUUUGAUGAGGUGCGUAAAAAUGUUUCUUUGGUUUUGUUAAAUCAACAUUUUACCUUAAGUUAUCCCCGACCAUAUGUUACCAAUAUGAUUGAAGUGGGAGGUUUACAUAUAAAGCAAAAACCUGAUCCUUUGCCUCAAGAUUUACAAGAAUUUCUGGAUAAUGCUACUGAAGGGGCCAUUUAUUUCUCUAUGGGUUCUAAUUUGAAAAGUAAAGAUAUACCAGCUGAAACUUUAAAGCUAUUUUUGGACACUUUUAGAGAAUUAAAAGUAAAGGUUUUAUGGAAAUUUGAAGCUGAGACAUUACCCAAUAAACCGGACAAUGUUUUUAUUAAAGCCUGGUAUCCACAACCUUCCGUUUUGGCUCAUCCUAAUGUUAAGCUAUUUAUUUCUCAUGGCGGUUUCUUAAGUACCACCGAAACCAUAUUCCAUGGCAAACCCAUAUUGGGUAUACCGGUUUUUGGUGAUCAACCCAUGAAUGUUAAAAAUGCUGUAAAAUCUGGUUAUGCGUUAUCUUUGCAACUGAAAGAAAUUACUAAGGAAUCGUUUAAAGCCAGUAUUAUGGAACUUUUAACUAAUGAACGUUAUACCAAAAGAGUUCAACAAUUAUCGAAACGUUUUAGAGAUCAGCCUCAAACACCCCUGGAAACUGCCAUUUACUGGAUUGAGUAUGUUUUGCGGCAUAAAGGCGCUGUUCAUAUGCGUAAUCCUGGUGUUGAUUUGAACUAUUUCCAACAAUAUAAUCUUGAUGUUUUCGCUAUAUUAGCAGCAGGUUUAGUUGUGGUUACAACAGUGUUAGUAUUAGUUGUCCGUUUAUUGGCUAAAUUGUUGAGUGGCACGAAAAAAACGAAGAAAAAUAAAGUAAAGCGUAAUUAAUGAAAAAGAUAAGUAUUGCAUAUUGAAAAGUUGCUAAUUGCUAUAGAAUAUAUAUUAGUAGAUAGUAAAAUUAAAUUAAAUAAAUAUUUUUUUUAUAAAGUACUUUACUGAAA